ACGACUGGGGCAGCGAUGGGGCGCCCGCUGCUCUGGCUGCUGCUGCGGCUGCUGCUGGGCGGAGAAGCCGCCUCCGGGCCGCUGCGAGGACAGGCCAUCUGCCGGGGUGGAACCCAGCGACCCUGCUACAAGAUAGUUUACUUCCACGAUGUGUCACGCAGGGUGGGCUUUCGGGAAGCCUUCGCGAGGGCAUGCAGAAGGAGGCGGAGGCACCCUGAAUUCAAACUUGUCGAAAAGAUCAUUGAGUAUCUCUCCGCUUCCGAUGGCGAUUUCUGGAUUGGGCUUACGAGAGAAGAAGACCCUGACAACAGCACGGAAUGCCCAUAUUUGUACUCGUGGUCUGAUGGAAGUUCCUCUCUGUUCAGAAACUGGUACAUAGACGAGCCCUCCUGCGGAAGUGAAAUCUGCGUCGUGAUGUAUCACCAGCCCUCUGCCCCUCCUGGUGAUGGCGGCCCGUACAUGUUUCAGUGGAAUGAUGACAGAUGCAACAUGAAGAACAACUUUAUCUGCAAAUACUCUCUGGAAAAGCCAACUGUUGCUUCCAAAACGAACGCCUCUCAAGCAGAUGUCGUAACAGAGACUUCAAUGAUGGCUCCCCCAGAAGAACCCAUUAAAGAAGAUGUAAAUAAUAUAACUGUCAAAGAAGCCAAAGGUCCUCUUUGGAGCCUUGCCUACAUCUUAGUGCCCAGCAUCCCUGCUCUGCUCCUCCUCUUGGUCAUCACAGCCAUCUUCAGCUGCUGGCUCUGCGCAAAGAGGAGACGAGAGCAAACGGAAGCCGAUAAGAAGGGGCAGGACACCUGGCUGUCUCCCAACAGGCAAACCAGCCCCAGUUUGGAGAUCUACAAUGUCAUUCGAAAACAAUCAGAAGAUGAUCUCGGCAGGACGAGACCAGACAUCAAGAACUCUUCAUUUCGGGGCUGUUCUGGAGACGUCACUCCCGAUGACCUCUCUGGAGACUACGACAAUAUGGCUGUCAAUACUUCAGAAAGCGGUUUUGUGACGUUGGCCAGCAACGAAAGCGGUUUUGUCACCAAUGAUAUAUACGAGCUGUGUAACGACAGAGUGGGGCAAAGCAAAGAGUCUGCUUGGGUUGAAAAUGACAUCUACGGCUACUGAGGAGGAUCAAGCUUUUGGAUACAGACCGAAGUGGGAUGAGCUCUUCUCAGCGUCAGUUUUAGGAGGCAGAAACAAGGCAUGUGUAGGCAGAGGAAUGCAGUUCUGCAUUUGGCGAUUGUUUUAUGAUAAGGAAGGGGUUUUUUCCCCCCUAAGAGAAACAAAAGGGAAUGUGUGUUUAUAUAUGAAUGUAUGCAGUGCUCUUAUUCAGACUGGGAAAUGACCUUGUGUGAAACUAAUUCCAUUUCUUGAUGGACAUAAAUCAUCUCCCAAAUUUGCUUUAAAAGCGAACUGCUGUAUGGAUCUCAUGAGAUGCUUACUGACUUUUUUCCCUUGCUGCACAGCUAAAAAUAUAACUGGUUCAGCAUGACCACCUGUCUGGCACCGGCUGCUGAGUUCCCAUCUUCAUCCAUUUUGGGGUCUUGAGAGCCAACAGUUUUCCAAAAUGGAGCAGGUUGCUAUUCUGCUCUUAUCCAUUGAGACUAUUUUUGUAGGAGGAAAUAGCUUUCUCGUGCCCCUUGUCCUCAAUACAUUAUGUGGAGAAACAUUCUAACCCAACCAGUGAUGCUUAACUCGAAGCAUUGGGGUCAGGGUGUUGGAAUCAGUGCAUGAAAUGGAAAAGACCCAUUUAAAGAUGCUAUCCUGGCCCUUCUGUCCUCAGAAUGGCUGUGCUGGCUAACCCAUUCCCUCAGUAAGAUGUUGCAAAAUGAAACAGCUGUUGUCUGCAAUUGGACGAAGAAUGGUUGCUAAGAAAGCACUUCGGGGGCUUUAUAGAUGCAGUUGUCAAAUGGAUGUCUGUGCACAGCUUGUUAUUGCACCUUGAGGGAAUUAAGAGGUCGUUUAAAUGUGGAGGAAGCAGGUAACCUCCUGCUGUUAUGUUCUCUGCUCCUUUACCCUCCAUGCUGCUGACACACUGUACCGAAUGCACUGAAGGCCGGCCCAGCUGUGGUCCUGGAAGCUGUGAUGCGGCUGGGAUUACCAAGAAAGUAUCACUUUUAAAAGAUUUUAAACAUCUUGGAAGAGCCUAGGAAUUGUACAAACAAAUGAUGGAAGCUGUCAUAAAUCUUCACAAAGCAAACUUUUGCAUACAGUACGCAAACCCUGGACAGCAAUCAUGGAGACAUGAUUUCCUUCAUCAGCGGCAGAGGUCCAAUACAGAGUGUUAGGAUUUAAAAUUGUGAACUCUUGAUUCUUAUGUGGCAGACUUUACCUUUGAACUUGUAAUUUACCCGUAAUUGUCAGGACCUCGUUGAGUGACAAGAACAGAUCUGAUUUCUGUUUUUGGAAAGCACAGAACUUAAAGGAGGGAAACGGAUGCAAGUCUGGAGAAAUGUAAUCAUGGUCUUCUCUUUGACAUUUCAGGAAAUUUCUCCUCUGCUUUGGAUACUAUAUUACAAGCCCUGGCAGGAGCAGAACUGAACUGUUGUGGAUGUAUGUAAUAUGUAAUUCCUGAUUGCAGACAGAUCUCAAAAGUUGCUGUUUACAAGGUGUAUGAAUGCCAUACUGUUGUUUCGAGGGGAAGACCUCACCAGCUCAACCAAUGCAUAAUUUCUCAGCAUGUUCAAGACUGGCAUGUUAUUUGAUGACACAGUGCCUGCAGUUUUUCAAGAGUAUCCCCUCAGUCCCCUGGAAGAAGUUUUGAAUCAGUAUAUAGGACAGAGAAAUACAUGUUUGUUUCUGUUUUGUUAUUUCCACGUGAGAUAUGAAAGACAGAAAAGAUUAAUUUAAUCUGUAAUAGGACUGAACUGUUUUCAAGUUUUGGAGCCGCAGAAAAUUCAUGGGUACCAAUGAUGGGGUUCUUCUGGAAAUAUCUAUGCUGUAAUGUGCUAAAGGGAUUUUCAGGUAGUGCAGGGUAUUUUUAUAUGUGUGUGUGGGUCUGCUACAUGAAAUCUCUAGCAGUAAUCAGCUUGGAGUUCUGUAAUAUAGAGCGUGUAUGAACAGUAUCGCUUCUGAAGGAAUAAAGACCUGCGGAAUCUGCACAAAUAAGCCAACUUCUGAGAGCAAAGUGAAAAGCCAGCUUGCUUAGGAAAAGGCCUCACACCAGCUUAGAAGCAGAAGGAACUCUAAACAGGGUGAAAAGAGUCCCAGGAGGCAGAGAAGCUUAUAGGACAGGAAACCUGAGGGGAGACUAGAUGGAGGAAACAGCCUGUGGAAAAAUACGGGCCCAAAGAACAGAAGAGAUCUUGUUCUCUUGGAGAGGAAGCUAAAGAUCAGCAGGCUAAAAGAGCUGGAACAGAGAAGAGUGGGUUGAAAGCAGGGCGUGCCUGAAAAAAAAUUGAGCUGACCAAAGGGUGGACUGAGGAAAACAGGACCUGAGGCGGAAUCACAAGAUUUAGAAGGAAGCAGAGGAGCAGGCUGGCUUUGGAGAGGAGGGGGCUGUAAGGCAGGGGGCUUGUGGGAAGGUACCGACUCACACAGAUCCCUUCCCAGACCGAAUUGUCUCAAGUGAUGAGUGGGAAUUUUUACAAAAUGUACAUUCUCACAUUAUUUGUUGUUUAAUUAUUAUCAGGGAAUUUGACCACCGCUAUGA